UGGGGGUGCGGGGUCCCCCGCGGAGGGGAGGAUGCGGGGGUACAGCGACCCUCCCGUGGGGGCUCCGCGCGUCUGGGGACGCAGGGACCACCCGGGGGGGGGAAUCUGAUGGUUGGGGGUGCGGAGACCCCUCAUGGGGGGCCACUGGGGGUCUGGGGGUGCAGGGACCCCCAGGGUGGGGCAUACAGGAGUCAGGGGCUGCGGGGACCCCCCAAGAGGGAGAGUUUGGGGGUGCAGAGACCCCCCCCCCAAGGUGGGGCACCCAGAUAUCCAGGGGUCCCAAAGCCACCCCCCUUUGAACCGCCUCGGGGUCCCACCCACGCCCCCCGCCCCAAAACGGUGCUGUCGGGCCGGAGGGGGCCGAAGCCCCCGUGGAGUGGCCGAGCCUGGGGGUCCCCCCGAGCGCCGGGGUGCGACCCCCGCCCGGGGGCAGCGGGGCCGGGCCGUCCCCUUUAAGGCCCCACGCGCCCGUGGGCGCAGCCGCUCACCUGGGCAGGUGACGGUGCCGGAGGUGACGGUGCCGCGCGGGCGCCAUGGCCGCCUCCGCCCUCUUCAUUCUGGACCUCAAGGGCAAGCCGCUGAUCAGCCGCAACUACAAGGGGGACGUGGGGCUGGGGGAGAUCGAGCACUUCAUGGGGGUCCUGCUGCAGCGGGAGGAGGAGGGCACGCUCACGCCCGUGCUGACCUACGGCCACGUCCACUUCCUGUGGAUCAAACACGCCAACCUGUACCUGGUGGCCACCACCAAGAAGAACGGGAACGCCUCCUUGGUCUUCUCCUUCCUCUACAAGGUGGUGGAGGUGUUCUGUGAGUACUUCAAGGAGCUGGAGGAGGAAAGCAUCCGCGACAACUUCGUCAUCGUCUACGAGCUGCUGGACGAGCUGAUGGACUUCGGCUUCCCGCAGACCACGGACAGCAAGAUCCUGCAGGAGUACAUCACACAGGAGGGGAACAAGCUGGAGACGGGCAAGUCGCGCGUGCCCACCACGGUGACCAACGCGGUGUCCUGGCGCUCCGAGGGCAUCCGCUACAAGAAGAACGAGGUGUUCAUCGACGUCAUCGAGGCCGUGAACCUGCUGGUGAGGGGGGCACGG